AUGACUGCGCAGUUUUGUUCGAUCUUCAUAUGUGGAAUACUUGGUUCCAUCAUCUGUGGAGCGACCCCGCCCUGGGCUCACGUAUUUCGAAAUCGUUCAGCUGUAGCACCCUUUCGGUGCCUAGCUGCCAUGCCAUACGAAGGGAGCAGCACGAGGGCUGGGGUACUGUCAGGUUGCCCAAGCCAAGACAGGGGAAGUCGAGAGGCAGAGGUCGGAUUCGAACCACGGACCUUCCGGUCAGUAAAGUCGCUCUCUAGCCACUUGGUCCAUCUCGCCCACGGUCGAAAUAGCUACAGUGUUCCUAGCAUCCUAAUCCACUCUCUCUUCUUCACUUUCGUAAACAAACAGUGGCAACAUUGUGAUCGUGACCAAUUUCUACGACGGUGA